UUCACUUCCGAGAUUUCGAUCGAGUUCCAUGGCCGCUUCUUCUUCUUCUUCUUCUUCCUCUGUCGGCCGUUGGAACUACGAUGUCUUCAUCAGCUUCAAAGCCGACGACACCCGCAAGAUCUUCGUCGGCCAUCUCCACAAGGCUCUGCAUGAGAAAGCAAUCAACACAUUCCUCGACUCCGACGACCCUUCAGAGGUUAUGGAAGCCAUCGCCGACUCGAGGCUGUCCGUUGUUGUGUUCUCCAAACACUAUGCUUCUUCCAGGUGGUGCAUGAAGGAGCUGGUGAGGAUCAUGGAGUGCAUGAAAACCAUGAAGCAGAUUGUGGUGCCUGUUUUCUACGAACUUGAUCGUUGUGAUAUUAAGUCGAGUUUUGAGGAAGGGUUUGGUAAGCAUGAAGUAGAAGAGGUGCGGAGAUUGAAGUCUCUUCUGAUUCAAGCCGCCAGUUUAUCUUGCUGGGAUUCCCGGAAUUAUCGGGAUGAUGCCAAGUUUAUUGAGAAAAUCGUCGACGAUAUUUCUAAGAGAUUGAUACGGGUGAGACCUGGAAAAGAGAAUUGUUUGGUUGGAAUGGAUAGACACAUAGCAGAAGUAGAUAGUAUGUUGUGUCUUGGGGUGGAUGAUGUUCGUGGUAUUGGGAUAUACGGAAUGCCUGGUAUAGGUAAAACAACCAUUGCUCGAGCUGUUUAUGAUGAAAUCACUUGUCAGUUUGAACACUACUGCUUUCUUGAAAAUGUCAAAGAUGGUUUCAAGAAUAAAGGUGCAGAACGUCUGCAGGAAGAACUUCUAUGUAGAAUGUUGAAGAAAAAGGUGUGUAACUUAGGUGAUUUGAAUACUGGCUUUAAGAUGGUUAUGGAAAGGCUGAAUAAGAAAAAAGUUUUGCUUGUUCUUGAUGAUGUGGAAACUUUUGCCCAGAUUGAAGCCUUACUUGGAAAGCAAUGUUCAUUUGGUGGUGGAAGUAGAAUCAUUAUAACAACUAGAGAUAUACAAUCACUAAGUGGAGUGCAGGAGAGAUAUAGUCCCAAAUUUUUAAGUGAUGAUGAAGCUCUUGAACUUUUUAUGCAGUAUGCAUUCAGAACACACCAACCCACAAGAGAGUACGAUUCUCUCUCAAGGCGUGCCAUAGGAUAUGCUCGAGGUCUGCCUCUAGCACUUAAAGUUUUGGGAGCUUUUCUUGAUUGCAAAAGUGCAUGUGAGUGGGAAGAUGAGCUAGAAAAAAUAAAGAAAAUCCCACACAUGGAAAUUCAGGGUGUGCUUAGAACAAGCUUGAAUGGACUAGAGCCUUUACAGAAGGACAUAUUUCUAGAUAUUGCAUGUUUCUUCAGAGGAAUGGACAAAGGAUAUGUGACAAAAGUUCUGGAAAGUUGUGGCUUUUACCCCCCUAGUGGAUUACGAGUACUACUUGAUAGAGCUCUCAUUACGAUCUCAGAUGACAAUAGGCUCGAAAUGCAUGAUCUACUACAAGAAAUAGGCUGGGAAAUUGUUCGACAACAAUCAGUUAAAGAUCCUGGGAAGCGCAGUAGGUUGUGGGUUUAUGAAGAUGUUGAUCAUGUCUUCACUCAAAAUACGGCUACAGAUGCAGUUGAGGGCAUAAUGCUCGACUUCUUAAGGUCAAAACAGGUAUACUUAACUUCUGAAGCUUUUGUUAAAAUGACGAGGCUGAGACUGCUAAGGAUUAUCAGUGAUAACCAUUCACGUGAGGAUUUAUGUCAUCCAAGUGAUGACUGUCAACAACAACUGGUUGGGGACUUCAAGUUUCUUUCUAAUGAGUUGAGGGUUCUCCACUGGCAUGGAUUCCCCUUAAAGUCUUUGCCAUCCAAUUUUCACCCGAAGAAUCUUGUUGAACUUGACAUGCGUUCUAGUCACAUUGAACAACUGUGGGAAGGAAUUAAGCCUUUGAAAAAGUUGACAAUUAUUAAUUUAAGUCACUCUCCAUACCUUAAGAAAAUCCCUGACUUCACUGAGGCGACGAAUAUGAAGAAACUGGUUCUUGAUGGUUGUUUAAGUUUAUUGGAGAUUCAUCCAUCCAUUUCAGCUCUUAAAAGCCUUGUUGUCAUGAGUCUAAAAGGGUGCAAAGCAGUUAAGAGUCUUCCAGGGAGCAUUUAUAUGAAGUCUCUUAAAAUCCUUGAUCUUUCUGGCUGCUCAAAUCUUGAGAUGUUUCCAGAGAUCUCAGGAAUUAUGGAGGACCUAUCGGAGCUUUAUUUGAAUGACACUGCAAUUGAAGAAUUACCGUCAUCGAUUGAACAGCUUCAGGGGCUUGUAUGGUAUUGCUCAUUUGUCCUCAUUAAGAACAUUAGAGCUGCGCAGAAACAACUUGGAGAGCUUACCUGCAGUAAUGAAUCGACUUCAUCGUUUAUCACAUCUUGA